GGAGGCUCCGGGGCAGCCGCCGGGGUGGUCGUGGGCGCCGGCGGCGGGCGAGGCGCCGGGGGCAGCCGGCAGGGCGGGCAGCCCGGGGCGCAAAGGAUGUACAAGCAGUCCAUGGCGCAGAGAGCGCGGACCAUGGCCCUCUACAACCCCAUCCCCGUCCGACAGAGCUGCCUCACGGUCAACCGGUCCCUGUUCCUCUUCAGCGAGGACAGCGUGGUGAGAAAAUACGCCAAAAAGAUCACCGAAUGGCCUCCCUUUGAAUAUAUGAUUUUAGCCACCAUCAUAGCAAACUGCAUAGUCCUCGCCCUGGAGCAACAUUUGCCUGAUGAUGACAAGACCCCAAUGUCAGAACGACUGGAUGACACAGAACCGUACUUCAUCGGAAUUUUUUGUUUCGAGGCUGGAAUUAAAAUCAUCGCGCUUGGGUUUGCCUUCCACAAAGGCUCUUACUUGAGGAAUGGCUGGAACGUCAUGGACUUUGUGGUGGUGCUAACAGGCAUCUUGGCUACAGUUGGGACAGAGUUUGACUUAAGGACGCUGAGAGCAGUUCGAGUGCUGCGGCCACUCAAACUGGUGUCUGGAAUCCCAAGUUUACAAGUCGUCCUGAAGUCGAUCAUGAAGGCGAUGAUCCCCCUGCUGCAGAUCGGCCUCCUCCUAUUUUUUGCAAUCCUUAUUUUUGCAAUCAUAGGGUUAGAAUUUUAUAUGGGAAAAUUUCAUACCACCUGCUUUGAAGAAGGGACAGAUGACAUUCAGGGUGAGUCUCCAGCUCCAUGUGGGACAGAAGAACCCGCCCGCACCUGCCCCAAUGGGACCAAAUGUCAGCCCUACUGGGAAGGGCCCAACAAUGGGAUCACUCAGUUCGACAACAUCCUGUUUGCAGUGCUGACCGUCUUCCAGUGCAUCACCAUGGAGGGGUGGACUGAUCUCCUGUACAAUAGCAACGAUGCCUCAGGGAACACUUGGAACUGGUUGUACUUCAUCCCCCUCAUCAUCAUUGGUUCCUUUUUUAUGCUGAACCUCGUGCUGGGUGUGCUGUCAGGGGAGUUUGCCAAAGAAAGGGAGCGGGUAGAGAACCGACGGGCUUUUCUGAAGCUGAGGCGGCAGCAGCAGAUUGAACGAGAGCUCAACGGGUACAUGGAGUGGAUCUCGAAAGCAGAAGAGGUGAUCCUCGCCGAGGACGAAACCGAUGGAGAGCAGAGGCAUCCGUUUGAUGCUCUGCGGAGAGCCACCAUAAAGAAAAGCAAGACAGACCUGCUCAACCCCGAGGAGGCUGAGGAUCAGCUGGCCGAUAUCGCCUCUGUGGGGUCUCCAUUCGCUCGAGCCAGCAUUAAAAGUGCCAAGCUGGAGAACUCAACUUUUUUCCACAAAAAGGAGAGGAGGAUGCGUUUCUACAUCCGUCGCAUGGUCAAAACUCAGGCCUUCUACUGGACUGUGCUCAGUCUGGUAGCCCUCAACACGCUGUGUGUUGCUAUUGUUCACUACAACCAGCCCGAGUGGCUCUCCGACUUCCUCUACUAUGCAGAAUUCAUUUUCUUAGGACUCUUUAUGUCCGAAAUGUUUAUAAAAAUGUACGGGCUCGGGACGCGGCCUUACUUCCACUCCUCUUUCAACUGCUUUGACUGUGGGGUCAUCAUUGGGAGCAUCUUCGAGGUCAUCUGGGCCGUCAUAAAACCUGGCACCUCCUUUGGAAUCAGUGUGUUACGAGCUCUCAGGUUAUUGCGUAUUUUCAAAGUCACAAAGUAUUGGGCGUCUCUCAGGAACCUGGUCGUCUCUCUUCUCAACUCCAUGAAAUCCAUCAUCAGUCUCUUGUUCCUCCUUUUCCUCUUUAUCGUCGUCUUUGCCCUUCUGGGAAUGCAACUCUUCGGUGGCCAGUUUAAUUUCGAUGAAGGAACGCCCCCUACCAACUUUGACACUUUCCCAGCAGCAAUAAUGACAGUGUUUCAGAUCCUGACGGGCGAGGACUGGAACGAGGUCAUGUAUGACGGCAUCAAGUCCCACGGGGGCGUGCAGGGCGGCAUGAUGUACUCCAUCUACUUCAUCGUGCUCACGCUCUUCGGGAACUACACGCUCCUGAAUGUGUUCUUGGCCAUCGCCGUGGACAACCUGGCCAACGCGCAGGAGCUAACCAAGGAUGAACAAGAAGAAGAGGAGGCAGCCAACCAAAAACUUGCCCUCCAGAAAGCCAAGGAGGUGGCAGAAGUGAGUCCUCUGUCCGCGGCCAACAUGUCCAUAGCUGUGAAGGAACAGCAGAAGAAUCAGAAGCCCAGCAAGUCGGUGUGGGAACAGCGCACGAGCGAGAUGCGCAAGCAGAACCUGCUGGCCAGCCGCGAAGCGCUGUACAACGAGCUGGACCCCGACGAGCGCUGGAAGGCCUCAUACGCGCGCCACCUGCGCCCCGACAUGAAGACGCACCUGGACCGGCCGCUGGUGGUCGACCCCCAGGAGAACCGCAACAAUAACACCAACAAGAGCCGGGCGGCCGAGCCCACGGUGGACCAGCGCCUCGGGCAGCAGCGCGCCGAGGACUUCCUCAGGAAACAGGCCCGCUACCACGACCGCGCGCGGGACCCCAGCGGCCCCGGGGCCCUGGACGCACGGAGGCCCUGGGCCGGCAGCCAGGAGGCCGAGCUGGGCCGGGAGGGGCCCUACGGCCGCGAGUCGGACCAUCACCCCCGGGAGGGCCUGGAGCAGCCCGGCUUCUGGGAGGGCGAGGCGGAGCGGGCCAAGGCCGCCGACCCCCACCGGAGGCACGCGCACCGCCAGGGGCCCAGCCGGGAGAGCCGCAGCGGCUCGCCCCGCACCGGCGCCGAGGCGCCCGACGGCGGGGAGCGCAGGCGCAGGCACCGGCACGCGCCCCCGGCCGCCUACGAGGGGGACGCGCGGAGGGAGGACAAGGAGCGCCGCCACCGGCGGAGGAAAGAGAACCAGGGCUCUGGGGUCCCCGUGUCAGGCCCCAACCUGUCGACCACCCGGCCGAUCCAGCAAGACCUGGGCCGCCAAGACCCGCCGCUGGCCGAGGACAUCGACAACAUGAAGAACAACAAGCUGGCCACCGCGGAGUCAGCCAAUCCCCAUGAGAGCCUUGGCCACACGGGCCUGCCCCAGAGCCCGGCCAGGACAGGCAACAGCACCGAGCCCGGGCCCACGCCAGCCCCACCCGCCACGGCCGCCAACCCCCAGAACGCCGCCAGCCGCCGGACGCCCAACAACCCGGGGAACCCGUCAAACCCCGGCCCCCCCAAAACUCCCGAGAACAGCCUUAUUGUCACCAACCCCAGCAGCUCCCAGACCAACUCAGCUAAGACUGCCAGGAAGCCCGGCCACACCGCGGUGGACAUCCCCCCCGCCUGCCCGGCCCCCCUCAACCACACUGUCGUCCAAGUGAACAAAAACGCCAACCCAGACCCACUGCCACAAAAGGAAGAAGAGAAGAAGGAGGAGGACGAUGACCCCGGGGAAGACGGCCCCAAGCCCAUGCCCCCCUACAGCUCCAUGUUUAUCCUGUCCACGACCAACCCCCUUCGCCGCCUGUGCCAUUACAUCCUAAACCUGCGCUACUUUGAGAUGUGUAUCCUCAUGGUCAUUGCCAUGAGCAGCAUCGCCCUGGCUGCUGAGGACCCUGUGCAGCCCAACGCACCUCGGAACAAUGUGCUGCGCUAUUUUGACUACGUUUUUACGGGCGUCUUCACAUUUGAGAUGGUGAUCAAGAUGAUCGACCUGGGGCUGGUCCUGCAUCAGGGCGCCUACUUCCGCGACCUCUGGAACAUUCUCGACUUCAUUGUGGUCAGUGGGGCCCUGGUGGCCUUUGCCUUCACUGGCAAUAGCAAAGGAAAAGACAUCAACACAAUUAAAUCUCUCCGAGUCCUGCGGGUGCUACGACCUCUUAAAACCAUCAAGCGGUUGCCAAAGCUCAAGGCCGUGUUUGACUGUGUGGUGAACUCACUCAAAAAUGUCUUCAACAUCCUCAUCGUCUACAUGCUGUUCAUGUUCAUCUUCGCUGUGGUAGCUGUGCAGCUCUUCAAGGGGAAGUUCUUCCACUGCACGGAUGAAUCCAAAGAGUUUGAGAAGGACUGUCGCGGCAAGUAUCUCCUCUAUGAGAAGAAUGAGGUGAAAGCCCGCGAUCGAGAGUGGAAGAAGUAUGAGUUCCACUACGACAACGUGCUGUGGGCUCUGCUGACCCUCUUCACCGUGUCCACGGGCGAGGGCUGGCCACAGGUCCUCAAGCACUCCGUGGACGCCACCUUUGAGAACCAGGGCCCGAGCCCCGGCUACCGCAUGGAGAUGUCCAUCUUCUACGUGGUCUACUUUGUGGUGUUUCCCUUCUUCUUCGUCAACAUCUUUGUGGCCUUGAUCAUCAUCACCUUCCAGGAGCAGGGGGACAAGAUGAUGGAGGAGUACAGCCUGGAGAAAAACGAGAGGGCCUGCAUUGACUUUGCCAUCAGCGCCAAGCCGCUGACACGGCACAUGCCGCAGAACAAGCAGAGCUUCCAGUACCGCAUGUGGCAGUUCGUGGUGUCGCCGCCCUUCGAGUACACCAUCAUGGCCAUGAUCGCCCUCAACACCAUUGUGCUCAUGAUGAAGUUCUACGGGGCCUCGCUUGCUUAUGAGAAUGCUCUGAGGGUGUUCAACAUCGUCUUCACCUCCCUCUUCUCGCUGGAAUGUGUGCUGAAGGUCAUGGCUUUUGGGAUUCUGAAUUAUUUCCGCGAUGCCUGGAACAUCUUCGACUUUGUGACUGUUCUGGGCAGCAUCACCGACAUCCUCGUGACUGAGUUUGGGAAUAACUUCAUCAAUCUGAGCUUCCUCCGGCUCUUCCGGGCUGCCCGGCUCAUCAAACUCCUACGUCAGGGUUAUACGAUCCGCAUUCUUCUCUGGACCUUUGUGCAGUCCUUCAAGGCCCUGCCAUAUGUCUGUCUGCUGAUUGCCAUGCUAUUCUUCAUCUAUGCCAUCAUCGGGAUGCAGGUGUUUGGUAACAUCGGCAUCGAUGUGGAGGAUGAGGACAGUGAUGAAGAUGAGUUUCAAAUCACUGAGCACAAUAACUUCCGGACCUUCCUACAAGCCCUCAUGCUUCUCUUCCGGAGUGCCACCGGAGAAGCCUGGCACAACAUCAUGCUGUCCUGCCUCAGCGGGAAACCGUGUGACAAAAACUCGGGCAUCUUGACUGCGGAGUGUGGCAAUGAGUUUGCUUAUUUCUACUUUGUGUCCUUCAUCUUCCUCUGCUCGUUUCUGAUGCUGAACCUCUUUGUCGCUGUCAUCAUGGACAACUUCGAGUACCUCACCCGAGACUCUUCCAUCCUGGGCCCUCACCACUUGGAUGAGUACGUGCGUGUCUGGGCUGAGUACGACCCAGCUGCUUGGGGCCGCAUGCCUUACCCGGACAUGUAUCAGAUGCUGAGACACAUGUCUCCGCCCCUGGGUCUGGGGAAGAAGUGUCCGGCCAGAGUGGCCUACAAGAGGCUUCUGCGGAUGGACCUGCCGGUGGCUGACGACAAUACUGUCCACUUCAAUUCCACCCUCAUGGCCCUGAUCCGCACAGCCCUGGAUAUCAAGAUUGCCAAGGGUGGGGCCGACAAGCAGCAGAUGGACGCUGAGCUGCGGAAGGAGAUGAUGGCCAUUUGGCCCAAUCUGUCCCAGAAGACACUGGACCUGCUGGUCACACCUCACAAGUCCACGGACCUGACGGUGGGGAAGAUCUACGCCGCCAUGAUGAUCAUGGAGUACUAUCGCCAGAGCAAGGCCAAGAAGCUUCAGGCCAUGCGGGAGGAGCAGAAUCGGACACCCCUCAUGUUCCAGCGCAUGGAGCCCCCGUCUCCAACCCAGGAGGGCGGGCCCGGCCAGAACGCCCUCCCCUCCACCCAGCUGGACCCAGGAGGAGGCCUGAUGGCUCAUGAAGGUGGCAUCAAGGAGAGCCCAUCCUGGGUGACGCAGCGGGCCCAGGAGAUGUUCCAGAAGACGGGCACGUGGAGUCCAGAGCGGGGGCCACCCACCGACAUGCCCAACAGUCAGCCCAACUCUCAGUCUGUGGAGAUGCGAGAGAUGGGCCGAGACGGCUACUCGGACAGCGAGCACUACCUCCCCAUGGAGGGCCAGGCCCGGGCCGCCUCCAUGCCCCGCCUGCCUGCCGAGAACCAGAGGAGAAGGGGCCGGCCACGUGGGAAUAACCUCAGUACCAUCUCAGACACCAGCCCCAUGAAGCGCUCAGCCUCUGUGCUGGGCCCCAAGGCCCGGCGCCUGGACGACUACUCCCUGGAACGCGUGCCGCCUGAGGAAAACCAGCGGCACCACCAGCGGCGUCGAGACCGAGACCGGGGCCACCGCACCUCCGAGCGCUCCCUGGGUCGCUACACCGACGUGGACACAGGCUUGGGGACAGACCUGAGCAUGACCACUCAGUCCGGGGACCUUCCAUCGAAGGACAGAGACCAGGAGCGGGGCCGGCCCAAGGACCGGAAGCACCGCCAGCACCACCACCACCACCACCACCACCACCCCCCGCCCCCCGACAAAGAACGCUAUGGCCAGGAGCGACCCGACCACAGCCGGGCCCGGGUCCGAGACCAGCGCUGGUCCCGCUCCCCCAGUGAGGGCCGAGAACACAUGGCACACCGGCAGGGCAGUAGUUCCGUAAGUGGAAGCCCAGCCCCCUCAACAUCUGGUACCAGCACUCCGCGGCGGGGACGCCGCCAGCUCCCCCAGACCCCCUCCACCCCCCGGCCACACGUGUCCUAUUCCCCCGUGAUCCGUAAGGCCGGCGGCUCGGGCCCCCCACAGCAGCAGCAGCAGGUGGCCAGGCCAGGCCGGGCGGCCACCAGCGGCCCUCGGAGGUACCCAGGCCCCGUGAGCGAGCCUCUGGUCGGGGAGCGGCCCCCCACGGGCGGCCACGGCAGCAGCCGCUCGCCCGGCAUGGAGCGGCGAGCCCCCGGGCCGGCCCGGAGCGAGUCCCCCCGGGCCUGUCGCCACACCCGGUGGCCCGCAGCCGGCCCGCACACGACCGAGGGGGCCCAGGGGCGGCACCACGGCUACUACCACGACUACGACGAGGCCGACGGCCCGGGCGGCGGGGCCGAGGAGCCCGGGCUCUACGACACGCCGCCCCCCGCGCGCCACACCUCGGGCGCGGGGCGCUCGCCCAGGACUCCCCGGGCCGCGGGCCCAGCCUGCGCCUCGCCUUCCCGGCACGGCCGGCGGCUCCCCAACGGCUACUACCCGGCCCACGGACUGGCCAGGCCCCGCGGGCCGGGCUCCCGGAAAGGCUUGCACGAACCCUACAGCGAGACCGACGAUGACGACUGGUGCUAA